UACAGAGAAAAUGGGUUCCGACCAGCAAAAUCUCUCUCUUUCUCUUUAUAAAAUCAUCAAAUCGUUCCUUCACUUUGGUUUCAGGGCUCAAAAACUCUCUCAAACCCUCUAAGUCCUCCCUUAAAAUAAUAAUUGUAACAUUUUUCUUCUAGCCCCUUCUUGGAUCCAGGGAGAAGAAUCCACAUACAAAUCUAGAUCAGUAAGAGUUCCUAUAAAAAGACGAAAAUGCCCCCAUCGGCGACGGCGGAUACAAGCAAGACGGGGAAGCUGGAGAGGUACAACAGCUACCUCCGCAAGAUCCACAGCACCAAAGUCCUCAAUGCUUCUUCCAAAGUCCUCUUCCGAGCAACACUGCUCGUCGCUCUCGUCCUCCUCCUCCUCUUCGCAUUCAACUACCACCCACUCUCCGACAGCCGCGCCGCCGCAUCGCACCACCUCCACCGACGCAGCUUCUUAUCCACCGGAAUCUUCUCCUCCUCCUCCUCCUCUUCCGCUUGGGAGAAGCGCGUGAGGCAAUCCUCGACAGCAAAACGACAGCACGGUCUCUCCGUCCUAGUCACCGGAGCAGCCGGGUUCGUCGGGUCCCACUGCUCCAUCGCCCUAAGAAAACGCGGCGACGGAGUCUUAGGGUUCGACAACUUCAACGACUACUACGACACGUCACUCAAAAGAGCAAGACAAAACCUCUUAGAGAAGCAACAAGUGUUCAUCGUCGAAGGCGACCUCAACGACGGGCCCCUCUUGCGCAAGCUCUUCGACAUCGUCCCUUUCACUCACGUCCUCCACUUAGCGGCUCAAGCCGGAGUUCGCUACGCCAUGAAGAACCCUCAGUCCUACAUCAGCUCGAACAUCGCCGGUCUCGUGAACCUCCUCGAAGUAGCCAAAGCGGCUAACCCUCAGCCCGCGAUCGUAUGGGCCUCGUCGAGCUCCGUGUACGGGCUCAACACCGAGAACCCCUUCUCCGAAGAUCACAGGACGGACCAGCCGGCGAGUCUUUACGCGGCCACGAAGAAAGCAGGGGAGGAGAUUGCGCAUACUUACAAUCACAUCUACGGUCUUUCGUUAACCGGACUCCGGUUCUUUACGGUUUACGGUCCUUGGGGAAGACCGGACAUGGCUUACUUCUUCUUCACUAAAGCCAUACUCCACGGGAAGUCGAUAGAUAUUUAUAGAACUCAGGACAAUCAAGAAGUGGCGCGUGACUUCACCUACAUCGACGAUAUCGUUAAAGGAUGCGUCGGUGCGUUGGACACGGCGGAGAAAAGCACCGGAAGCGGCGGAAAGAAGCGAGGGCCGGCUCAGUUGCGUGUUUACAACCUCGGGAACACUUCUCCGGUUCCUGUCGGGAGAUUGGUUUCGAUAUUGGAAGGUUUGUUGGGCACGAAAGCGAAGAAGCAUCUGAUCAAAAUGCCUAGAAACGGUGACGUGCCAUACACGCAUGCGAAUGUGAGCUUAGCGUAUAGAGACUUUGGGUAUAAACCAACGACGGAUCUCGCGACGGGGUUGAGGAAGUUCGUCAAGUGGUACGUUGGUUAUUACGGGAUACAGCCGAGGGUAAAAAAGGAAAACUCUCACGCCGAUGAUUCCGCUUAAUAAUCUCUCUCUCUCUGCUUCAUUAUCAUCAACAUGCUUGAUUUUUCGUUUUACAAAAAAAAAAUAUUUACAGGGACAGAUUUCUGUUUUUUUUUUUCCUUUUUUUUUAUUUUAAAAUGCCAAAACUCAUUAAUGUGUGGGAAUUUAAUUGCCACAGGCUGUAUGUUAUAAUAGACAGAUAUGUGGAAGGAGAAAUGAAAAAAAGAGAAAGAAAAAGGGGGUAUAGUUGGAUAUAUAAUCAAGUGGGGUUUGUUAUGUAAUAAAUGAUGGGUUAACGAUCUUGCUGGAAAGUGUUUAUUAGAGAGCAGAUCUUACCUGUUGGAUUUUUAUAAUCAAGGAAUGAAACAUGUGAUCUGUUAUCAA